AUUCGCUCAUAUCAUGGAAAAAGACGAACUGAGCUGAACUAACUUUGUUAUGAAUGUCAAAAAAAUAAACAACGGUUGAAAUGUUUUGAUGUUAGAGAACAAAUUUAUUAAGUUUUUGCUAGUAUUCAUAAUUAGUUAAUAAUGUCUGAUGUUGACAAAUGGGUCGACAUCGCUAAAGAGUGUAAAUAUUUACCCGAGAAUGAUUUGAAGAAAUUAUGUGAUUUGGUAUGUGAGCUCUUAUUAGAAGAAUCAAAUAUUCAACCAGUAUUCACACCUGUGACAGUUUGUGGUGAUAUACAUGGACAGUUUUACGAUCUUGAAGAGCUGUUCAGAACUGGGGGACAAGUACCUAAUACAAAUUACAUUUUUCUUGGUGACUUUGUGGAUAGAGGCUAUUACAGCCUUGAAACCUUAACUAGAUUGUUGACACUUAAAGCCAAGUGGCCUGAUAAAAUAACUUUGCUGCGUGGGAACCAUGAAAGUCGUCAGAUUACUCAAGUUUAUGGAUUUUAUGAUGAAUGUCAAACUAAAUAUGGGAAUGCCAAUGCUUGGCGUUAUUGCUGUAAAGUAUUUGAUCUUCUUACAAUCGCUGCGAUAAUUGACGGUGAGGUUUUAUGUGUGCAUGGCGGCCUUUCACCAUUGAUACGUACUCUAGACCAAAUUAGGAUUAUUGAAAGAAACCAAGAAAUACCUCAUAAAGGAGCAUUUUGUGAUUUGGUUUGGUCUGAUCCUGAAGAUGUUGACACUUGGUCUGUGAGUCCCCGUGGUGCAGGCUGGCUUUUUGGAUUUAAAGUUACACAUGAGUUUAUGCACCUGAAUGAUUUAAAGUUGAUUUGUAGAGCUCAUCAACUUGUCCAUGAAGGUUACAAGUACAUGUUUGAUGAGAAAUUAGUUACUGUUUGGUCUGCUCCCAAUUAUUGCUAUCGCUGUGGAAAUAUAGCAGCUGUACUGGCUUUCACUGAUGUUGAAAAUCGCACGCCUCUCCUCUUCAGUGCCGUGCCUGAUUCAGAACGUGUUAUACCUCCAAGAAUCACCACGCCAUACUUUUUGUAAUGAUAUGUUAAUUUAUUUUGAAUUUUUUUAAUUGUUAUAAUCGCAAUUUACUGUAAAUAUAGAAAAUAAUAAAGCUUUAUAUAAAAGUUA